UGGCCUUCUUGCCCACGUGCGAUUUGUGUUAGCAUAGUAUUUUAUUCGUUCAACGAAAGACCAACCUGUUUUUGCGCAGCCUAGGAAGGCCCUCUAUUCUUACUUCUAACGUCGCACUUGUAUACACGGUGGACAAAAUAUAUGAACAGAGAAAACAAGCGAUAAAGUCGACGAUUGAAGGAUAUACCCAAUAUAAGACCACUAAGUAUGCUGUCCGGUGUCACGACGCGCUUGCGCAGACGAAGCAUACUUAAGCCAAUCAGGGUCAACAUGCGCAGAACGAAUGAACACUCGUCGUAUGAAAGGUAUGGUCUAUUAUUGAACGAAUAAUAGCAAUGGUAUGUAAAUAAAUACAUGUAACAAUGGUAAAGUUUUAAGCAUUAAUACAAAAUGACAACACAACCUAAACAAUUAAAAGUGGCAGAUACGAAAGCCUCAUUUAUUACAUCGUUGAUAGCAGGAGGACUAGCUGGUGUUUCUGUAGACAUAAUAUUAUUUCCACUAGACACAUUAAAGACACGACUACAGUCUAAACAGGGUUUUAAGAAAUCAGGAGGAUUUUCUAAUCUUUAUAAAGGAAUUUUUCCUGUGUUUAUUGGUUCUGCACCAACUGCAUCUUUGUUCUUUGUAACUUACGAAGGUAUCAAAAAUGUAACACAGCCCCGUGUACCUGAAAGAUAUCACUCUUUGCUACAUAUGAGUGCAGCAUCUUUAGCAGAAAUGGUAGCUUGUUUAAUAAGAGUACCAAUAGAGGUUUUGAAACAAAGAAAGCAAGCUUUAAUAUUUCAAAGAAAAGAUGUCAAUCUUAGAUUACUGUAUUGUGGCUACUGGAGCACAGUAAUAAGAGAUAUGCCUUUUAGCUUAAUACAGUUUCCAUUAUGGGAGGGCUUUAAAAAAAUUUGGAGUUCAAAUGUUGAUAGAGAUAUCCUACCAGCAGAAAGUGCGAUAUGUGGUGCAAUUGCAGGUGGCAUAUCAGCUGCUAUCACAACACCACUAGAUGUUAUAAAAACAAGAAUAAUGCUUUCACAUAAAAAUGAGAGUGCCUCAAAAUUAAAAGUACUUUAUGUUACACAAAAUGUUUAUAACGAAAAGGGCUUACAUGGACUUUUUGCUGGUAUUGGUCCUAGAGUAAUGUGGAUAACUUUAGGAGGUUUCAUUUUCUUUGGAACUUACGAAGGAGCAAGAACUGUAGUUAUGCAGUAUUUCUUGCCUCUUUCUAUUCUUACUGAACAAACCGAUAAAUGUCAGUAAUGUUGAUAGAUAUUAAACAAAUUUAGUCAAAGCGUUAUUGUUAAUAAGUACAACUUGGUAAAUAUAAUAAUAUUUACAGUUACUAUAUGUAUAUAAAAGAUGCAUUUAUCA